AAAUGUAUGUAUUUUAAUAUUAAGGAAAAUAAAACAAACUAAUUUGGCUUCUGCUUCAAAAUUUCAUGUUAAAAAAAUAUUGAAAGUGAACCAUUAAAAUGCAAAACUCUACAAUAAAGCUUUCUUCUCUAGUCGACUCAAGUGGUAUGUUGAUACAUAAUCAAAAUUCUGUAGGAAUGCCCAUGAAAAGCUUGAAGAAACAAGAUUCAAUAAUCAUACCACCUAAGACGCUUUCAAGUAUGUACAGGGCAAAAGUAAUAGACGCCUAUAGGAACCGCCGCAUUUUUACUGUUUUUGGGAAUUAUAAUACAAUUAGGCGAUCAUUGCUCAAACGGGGAUGGUUGGAGAAGCUGUCACCAGGACGCCAUAACAAGUUGCAGGGUCUAUCAGAAGAAGUACUGCUACAGCAUGCUAGGCGAGGAAACGACUAUGAAUCAGUGGCCAUUAGUAAAAUAAUCAACCAUUUUCCUGCAUUUUUUGUGUGGCAACCAAAAGGACAACGCGAUUUGUACAUUGAUGUACAUCCGUAUCGAAACCGCAUAAGAAGGGCUCACACAAUAGACUUUUCCACAAAAGUUGGAUUAAUUGGAUGCGCAGAGCAACAGCACUGGUUUCAGCUAGAUGGUACAGCAGGAAUGCUUUAUCCCCGUUUCUUUCGUUUGGGUGCUAAUCAAGAAGAACAAAUGGCCUUCAUAGAUGAAUUUCGCAUUACACAAUGUUCUAGCUUCUUACGAUAUUUAAUGCGGCACCUAGAUAAACACGAAGACAUAAUCGAUUAUGAACACGGCACUAUUUGUCCGACGAUUGUUCAUUUCGCCUUGGGCCGAGUUAAGCGACAAUUGGAUGAUUGGGACAAUAUUGGUUUGUUGGAUAUUGAACAGUCUCAAGUUCCCGAAGAGGAAUGGUCCCAUUUUUUGGACAAUUCCAGUAAAGUUAUCAAUCAUCAUCAAAAAAUAAAAUGCACUUAUCGAGAAUUGACAGAAUUCAUUAAGACGUCAAAAAAACUAUUAACAAAAAUGGAAGAAAAUCACCCGGACUUAAAAUGGGAUGGCUAUAAAAAUUUAUGGAUUCUAAAACCUGGAUAUCAGAGUCGUGGACUAGGCAUUGUGAUACGCAAUAAUUUAGAUGAAAUACUAAACUGGUGCAAGACGCAUACCAAUCGUCGUUACAUAGUACAAAAGUAUAUAGAACAACCACUUCUUAUUUAUCGUACCAAAUUCGAUAUACGCCAAUAUAUGCUUGUAUUUAUACGCGAAUCCACAGUUCAGAUUUGGCUAUAUACUGAUUGUUAUUUGCGCUUUAGCUCACAAGAGUACAGCAUCGAUGAUUUGAGGGAGUCUAUACAUUUGACUAAUAAUUCCGUACAGAAAAAGUAUAAGAACAAAAUGAACCGAGAUAAUAGAUUACCAAAACAGAAUAUGUGGUCAUUGGAUCAGUUCAAAGCCUAUAUAAAAACCCAAAACAUAUCAGAAGACACUUGGAACAAUCGUGUUUUCUCGGGUUUUCGUGAAAAUCUUAUUGCUGUAGUAUUGGCCAGCUUGGAUGAGACAUAUUUAAAUGAAAAUUCCUUUGAAUUAUAUGGUUGUGAUUUUAUGCUGGACGAACAAUAUAAUCCUAUUUUGAUUGAGAUCAAUUCAACCCCCGAUUUAUCACCUUCAACAGAUGUGACAGCUCGUAUUUGUCCAAUGGUCAUGCAGGACUGUAUAAAAGUAAUAGUGGACUUGCCCCGUAAUAGUCGAGCUUCGACGGGACAGUUUGAAAUGGUCUAUGAGGUGAACUACAAAUUCAAACAAAAUUUCAAUAUUGUCGAGGGUUUAAAUGUGAGUGGCAAAUCUUUGGAAUUGUCUAAACGUCCUCGCAUACCAGAGCGACCGAAAUUCAUUAAAAGGCCUAAAAUUGAAAAGAAAAUCGAAACUAAAAAGAUUUCAGAACCAAAAGUGAUGUCGCCCAGAAAAUCUAAAACAAGCAUGCCUAAUAAGUUGUCAAAAAGCUUAAAAUCUGCUGCAAAAGAAGCUUUAGCUCUGCGUUAUACAUUGCCGAAAUGACUUGAGAGGAGAAAAGUUUUAACAGCUCUUCUGUAGUACGUAUGGAUUUCUAGUACAUAUGUAUGUAAUUACAUUUUAUAUUAUUUGUAACAACCAUUAUUAAGCUAACUCAAACAAUUUAACCAUAAACAGCCAUCACUGAUC